UGGGUGAAUAUGUUAAAUGACACUUCCAGGCAAGGGAUUUGUGAGAUUUUGGCGUCUUUGGACGACAACACCCUUUUUAACUUAGCGGGGACCGUAACGCAAGGCUUGUUGAAAAAUCGGAUCAACACACGAGACGAGGCUGUUAAUGCAAUUUUAAACUACUCCCCGGACGCUUUGAGCUUUUUACGCCGCAAAAUCAUCACACGUGAGGUACUGUUUGCGUACCUCCAUGCUAAGAACGUAUCCAUUGACCUCCCAGCGACCAAAAAUGACCUCGUUCAAAAAACGGCCCAAAUCUGGAGCAUCCAGUACGUCCAGGAGGCCAACAACCAGGCAGACAGUGGCUCUAUCUCCCUCCUUGCGGAACAAUUCACGCGGUGGUUUUACGCCCAGUUGAAUAAAAACGAGUAUUUGAACCACGAACAUUUUUACCCCAAUGUUAGGCUUAAAAUUGUUAUGUCAAACAACGGGCAAGUUUCGACCGAAGUUAUUGAAAAUGACCCGUUGAAAGUCGUCCAAGGGUUGUAUGCGUUACGUACGAACUUUAAUUUGUUUUUCAACCCGAAUUUAUCGAGUGAGGGGGUUCAAGGGAGAGUGGACCCCCAUGGUUUGGUGCUGGUGUUGGUUUGUGGGACUCUGCACACGGGGGCCACUUGCGUGGGGGUGUUUGAGCAAGUUUUUGCGUUGGCAAGAGACCCCCAGACUGAUAACAACUGGAAAAUUAAGAGCAGUGAAAUUAACUUGAAAAGUGAGAGUGGGGUGAGGGGGCUGCCGGUUUUGGCGAAUAGCAAUUUAUUGGCCUUGACGUGAACUAGUUAGUUAAGUUUAAAAGUGUACUUAAAUUAUUUUCACAAUAAAACCUUAUUGUAUUAUUA